UACCAUUUCUUAACUAUGCUUUUUCAUUGUAAUUAUUCAGAUCCCUAUGUGAAAAUCCAUCUGAUGCAGAAUGGUAAGAGACUGAAGAAGAAAAAGACAACAAUUAAAAAGAACACUCUGAACCCCUACUACAAUGAAUCGUUCAGCUUUGAGGUACCCUUCGAGCAAAUCCAGAAAGUGCAAGUUGUUGUGACUGUUUUGGACUAUGACAAGAUUGGCAAGAAUGAUGCUAUCGGGAAAGUCUUUGUGGGCUACAACAGCACUGGUGCAGAGCUACGACACUGGUCAGACAUGCUGGCCAACCCAAGGCGACCCAUUGCACAGUGGCACACCUUACAGGUUGAGGAAGAGGUAGACGCCAUGCUUGCAGUCAAGAAGUAAACAAAAAACAAAAGAUGAAAAAGAAGCCUUUCUGCAUUUGCCCACAUAGUGCUCUUUAGCCAGUAUCUGUAAAUACCUCAGUAAUAUGGGUCCUUUCAUUUCCAGCCAUGCGUCCUAACACAGAUGAGUGGUACUUAAAAUCCUGUUUUGAUUUGCACAACUUUUAAUGUAGAGAGCCCUCUAAAGGCCUUUCAUUUCACCUCUGCCCCCCAGAUCUACUCUUCUUUUAAGCAAUAUGAUGUGUAGAUAGAGCAUGACAGAAAUUAUUUAUUGUAUCACACAGGUGUAUAUACCAGUAUGCUGAGAAUUUAUUUCUAGUUUGUGUAUUUGUAUGUUGUAAACGUUUCCUAAUCUGUGUAUAUCUAGAUGUUUUUAAUAAGAUGUUCUAUUUUAAAUUAUGUAAAUUGACUGAGAUAUAGGAGAGCUGAUAAUAUAUUAUAGGGUAACUAUUGUAUCGUCUGCAUUCCAGCAAAAAGUUCCAACUUGUAAGGCACUAGUAGUGUUACACUGACAUAUUAAAGGACAACUUAAAUCUGAGCUUUCAAGUGAACCAUUUAAAAUAACAAGAUAUGCCUACGCAGUACACCUUGGAGGGGUGAAUCCAAUUUUGUAGACUUCUUUUUCACAGGCAACUUAACAUGAUCUGAGCAGUUCCAUGGCUGACCUCAAGGAAGCGUAGCCAAUAGAUCAUUUUUUCUGUAUAUAUUUAAAAAAACUGAAAUCAUGGCUUUACACUGACAAUUGAGGAAGCAGUUCCAUGGGAGAUAAUUUCACAUAACAACAACAUGGGGGAGACUGGGGGCUGGGGGGGGGGGGUGAGGGGAAUUUCAGCAGUAAUGAAAUGCUGCAUCGAACCAUGAAAAGAAAAGGUAGCUCUCCAUUAUCACCUUUAUACAAAAUUAACAUACUGUGAAUUCCAGUUGUGAUUUCACACUCUAGGAUUCUAAUGAGUUUGCACAUUAGACUUUGUAACAAAAUAUUUUAUUAUACUAACAGAUUAGAAGGGAAUGCAGAAUAUUUUUAAGCACAGCCGUGUAUG